GGGGAGUUCUGCAUGGAGGCGGUGCGCGAAGGCCUGGUGGUGGCCUUUGUGCGCUGGCUCUGCCGCACCGCCCGGGGCUUUGCUGACGGUCCAGCUGAGCGGGGGGCCCCUGCGGCACCCCCGGCCCUGCUGCUGCUCCUUGCCCGCCUCUGUCUUGAUUAUGAGGCCACCACCAUCAGCUACAUCCUCACUCUCACCGAUGAGCAGUUUCCCCCCGAGGACACAGGCCCAGCAGUGACACCGGGACCGGCACUGUGUGCAGAGGCGCGAGGGGCGGCGCAGCGGCUGCUCGACCACGAGACACGAGACUGGUUGGGCACCGUUGAGCCCCGCAACGUUCGGGCCGUCAUGAAGCGCGUGGUUGAGGACAUCACCGCCAUCGAUGUCCAGGUGGGGCAGCUCUUCGAGGAGGGCGUGCGGCGGGCACAGAAGCGUGCCUUCUCCGUCUACAGCAGCUCACGGGCACCCGGGCGCUACGCCCCCAGCUACACCCCCAGUGCCCCCAUGGACACCCACCUGCUCAGCAACAUCCAGAAGCUCUUCUCCGAACGCAUUGACAUCUUCAGCCCUGUCGAGUUCAACAAGGUGUCAGUGCUGACUGGGAUCAUCAAGAUCAGCCUAAAGACGCUGCUGGAGUGCGUGCGGCUGCGGACAUUGGGGCGCUUCGGGCUGCAGCAGGUGCAGGUGGACGGCCAUUACCUGCAGCUCUACCUCUGGCGCUUCGCCGCCCACGAGCGGGGGGUUUUUUUAUGUGCCGACCGCGCUGCCCACCGCUGCCUCGACCCCGUCCCCAUGGAGCACAGUGUCGUCGAGCUCAUCUGUGAGCGCGGGUAG